AUGGCAGAAGCCGGAAAUAGCGGCGGUGGUGCGAGGAAAAGAAAAAUGGCAGACAAGAAAGACGCCGGCGGCGCCCGUAAGUUGGCGCCGAACUCAAAUUGGCCUGCUAUCAAAUCCAAGAAGAAUCUUCAAAUCACUCGUCUCAAAGAUUCGGACCUCUUCACUGUGCCAGAAUUCUUGUCAGCAACUGAAUCCAAGGCCUUCAUUAGAGCUGCAGAGUCCAUUGGGUUCGUUCAUCAGGGCAGUCUUGGUCCAACGAAGGGGGAAGCUUACAGAGACAAUGACAGGAUCUCGGUGAACGAUCCGGUUCUGGCAAGCACGCUUUGGGAUUCUGGGCUUAGCAAAUUGUUCUCUGACAUCAAGAUUAGGGGCAAAGUUGCUGUUGGGUUGAACCCAAACAUCAGAUUCUACAGGUACAAGGUUGGCCAGCGAUUUGGGCGUCAUAUCGAUGAGAGUGCGGACAUUGGGGAUGGGAAGCGCACGUAUUAUACGCUCUUGAUAUACUUGAGUGGUAGUUCUAAUGCCAAAGCUAGUAAGAGUGAGUUAGAUAGUCAGAAGGAUGCAUCCAUGGAGCCUCUAGUUGGAGGAGAGACUGUGUUCUAUGGCUGGAGGAACAAUGUGGUGGCAGAGGUGGCUCCCGCUGAAGGAAUGGCUCUGCUGCAUAUUCAUGGCGACAAAUGCAUGUUGCACGAAGCCAGGAACGUGUCGAAAGGGAUCAAGUAUGUGUUUCGAUCUGAUGUGGCCUUUGCUUGA